GGAAUUCGAAGCAAUUCGAAGCUAAGCAAACUACGAUAGAUAAAUUAUUAUUCGAGAAUAUAACUAUAAAUAAAAAUACACAAUGCCAGCUAUUGGAAUUGAUCUAGGAACAACCUACUCCUGCGUCGGCGUUUGGCAGCACGGGAACGUGGAAAUCAUCGCCAACGACCAAGGCAACCGCACAACACCGUCGUAUGUGGCGUUCACGGAUACAGAGCGGCUGAUCGGCGACGCCGCGAAGAACCAGGUCGCUCUGAACCCCAGUAACACCGUUUUCGAUGCCAAACGGCUAAUCGGACGAAAAUUCGACGACCCGAAGAUCCAGCAGGACAUCAAGCAUUGGUCUUUCAAGGUUAUCAACGACUGUGGCAAACCGAAGAUCCAGGUUGAGUUCAAAGGCGAGACGAAGAGGUUUUCACCGGAGGAAAUCAGCAGCAUGGUUUUGACUAAGAUGAAGGAGACUGCCGAAGCGUACCUCGGAACUUCAGUUAAGGACGCGGUCAUCACAGUCCCCGCAUACUUCAACGACUCACAGCGUCAGGCCACCAAAGACGCCGGAGCCAUCGCUGGGAUUAACGUUCUCCGCAUCAUCAACGAGCCUACAGCCGCUGCUCUCGCAUACGGUCUUGAUAAGAACUUGAAAGGUGAGCGCAACGUAUUAAUUUUCGACCUCGGCGGUGGAACCUUCGACGUAUCAGUGCUCACCAUCGACGAAGGAUCGCUAUUUGAGGUUAAAUCGACGGCUGGUGAUACGCAUCUGGGCGGCGAGGACUUCGAUAACAGAUUAGUCAACCAUCUGGCGGAUGAGUUCCAGCGCAAAUAUAAGAAAGAUUUACGCUCGAACCCACGCGCAUUACGCCGCCUCCGCACCGCCGCCGAACGCGCCAAACGCACUCUAUCAUCGAGCACUGAGGCAACCAUCGAAAUCGACGCGCUAUACGAGGGCAUCGACUACUAUACUCGAGUUUCGAGGGCCCGAUUUGAAGAACUCUGUGCAGACCUGUUCAGAGGUACAUUAGAGCCUGUUGAAAAGGCCCUGAAAGACGCGAAACUCGACAAAAGCCAAAUCCACGAUGUAGUCCUUGUCGGAGGUUCGACCCGUAUUCCUAAGGUUCAGAAUCUACUCCAGAACUUCUUCUGCGGCAAAAAAUUAAACUUGUCCAUCAACCCGGAUGAAGCCGUAGCGUAUGGAGCUGCAGUGCAAGCCGCUAUCCUAUCAGGGUCAACCGAUACGAAGAUCCAGGAUGUGUUGCUGGUUGACGUGGCUCCUCUGUCUCUUGGUAUCGAGACCGCUGGUGGCGUUAUGACCAAGAUCAUUGAGCGCAAUUCGAGGAUCCCCUGCAAACAGUCACAGACCUUCACCACGUACUCUGACAACCAGCCGGCGGUCACCAUUCAAGUCUACGAAGGCGAACGUGCCAUGACAAAGGACAACAACUUACUUGGAACGUUCGACCUGACCGGCAUUCCACCUGCCCCGAGAGGAGUCCCGAAGAUCGACGUCACAUUCGACUUGGACGCUAACGGUAUCCUGAACGUCUCUGCUAAGGAAAAUAGCACUGGAAGGAGCAAGAACAUCGUCAUCAAGAAUGACAAGGGACGAUUGUCCCAGGCAGAUAUCGACAGAAUGUUAGCCGAAGCUGAGAGGUAUAAGGAAGAGGAUGAGAAGCAACGACAGCGUGUGGCGGCUCGUAAUCAGCUCGAAGGCUACAUCUUCAGUGUGAAGCAAGCUUUAGAUGACGCUGGAGAUAAGCUCAGUGAGUCCGAUAAAGAUCAGGCCAGAAAAGAGUGUGACGACGCGCUUAAAUGGCUGGACAACAACACCUUAGCUGAGCAGGAGGAAUAUGAACACAGACUGAAAGAUCUCCAGCGAGUAUGCUCGCCCAUCAUGAGCAAGAUGCAUGGAGCUGGGGCCGGCGGCAUGCCUAGCGGUAUGCCAGAAGGCGGUAUGCCCGGCCAGAGAAAUACCGGUCCCACGGUCGAGGAAGUCGACUAAAGUUGCUUCAUAAUAUUUUAGUUAAAUCUAUUUUAAGUUGACCUGUUUGUGAUAUUAAUUUUAAGACUGACUGACUAACUUAUUUGUGCCUGCAGUAAGAUGAUCAUCUAAU